CUGUAGACGUCGCACAGUCUGCUCUUAGUCUAUACCUACUUUGUUUUAGGUCGGACAUCACUUUUUGUUACUGAUGCACAUUUAAACUCCAUUAAGAACUGUGGUCCAUUAAUUUUAUUGUUUUCGAUCACUCGACGAAUUAGAAAAGCACAACUUGAAUUUCACUACUGGACUUUGCAGAUACGGUCCAAACGUGUACUGUAACUGUUCAGAGGAAACGUCAAAGGCGCAAAGGACGUAGAUGAUCGAUCCUGGACGACAGGGCAAAAAACACUCGAAAACUCUCAAGGCAGUAAGAGGACAGAGGUUGAUACUGUGACUGUCCUCCAUCCUACAUUAAUCUCAGUGGGUCGCGCUUUAAGCUGAUUUAUGGUCCGCUACCCACGCGCAGAAGAAAGUGUAUCCAAGUGGCCUCGCGCGCAGUUCAAGUGAGUUUGGAUGCGCGUAAUUCUAUUACAGAUACAGACUAGUAAAAGCUUCGGAUCUGCGCGUGGAUACUGGAUGUAGUAAAACAGCUGGACGUCAGGACAUCCUGCUUUCCUGUGCCCUGGACAAACCUCAAUAAAUGGGGGAACUUGGAUUAAGUUUUCUGCCAGUCUAAGCAUCACGUUGUUGGCAAUCGUUACAUUUUAAACCAGAUGAUGAUGUUGUUGAAGUUUAUGCUUCCUCUGAUGGCUCUUUUGAAAUCAGGUGUUCAUGGUCAAAUGGUCCAGGUGGACAGCAGUAAAUCCGGAUUUGUGGGUUCACAGGUGGAGCUUUGCUGUCAGUUUGUCAACAGUAACCCACCUGUAAAGAUCUCCCAGGUCACCUGGCAAAAAGUUGUUAAUGGCACAAAGCAGAACGUGGCCAUCGCCAAUCCCGCCCUGGGAUUGUCGGUGCUGCAGCCCUUCAAAGAGCGAGUGCGCUUCAAAAACCCUGCCGUCCAUCAGCGCACCCCUUCCCUGGAGGACACCACUAUCAUCUUUAACAAACUUAGACUGUCUGAUGAAUCUGCUUAUAUCUGCGAGUACACCACUUUUCCAGCUGGAAACAGGGAGAACACGGUCAAUCUCACUGUUUAUGCUCGGCCAAUGAUCCAGAUGAGUCUGUCUACAACGUCUAUAGUGGCAGGAUCCAAAGAUCUGAAGAUGACUGUUGCCACAUGCAUCUCAGCCAAUGGAAAGCCACCCAGUGUGAUUACAUGGGAAACCAGUUUAGAUGGCGAAUCAAACACCAAGGAGAUACGCAACCCAGAUGGCACGUUCACAGUUCGGAGUGAUUACUUGGUGGUUCCAAGUCGAGAGAUACACCAGCAGCUGCUCACCUGUGUCUCCACGUACAAUGAAGAGCCAUACACAGACAGCGUAACGCUCAACAUUCAGUAUGAACCAGAGGUGAUAAUAGAGGGCUUUGAUGGGAAUUGGUAUUUGAACAGAGAGAAUGUUCAGCUCACCUGUCUGGCUGACGCCAACCCUCCCAUCUCUUUGUUUCAGUGGAGAUACUUGAAUGGCUCUCUGCCAAGUUCGGCAGAACUCCGUGACGACGUGCUGAUAUUUAAAGGUCCUCUAACCUAUGACAUUGCCGGCACGUAUGUCUGUGAUGCAACGAAUAGUAUCGGGACAGGCUCAGCAUCCGUUGAGGUCACUGUCACGGAUUUCCCUAGCUCCCCACAUGAGAUGUCUCAGAAGCAUCACCAAGCAGGGAUCAUCAUCGGCGGGGCUGUUGUAUGCGGCACAGUCCUGUUGGCAGCCAUCACGCUCCUGAUAGUGUUUUUAUAUCGCCGGAGAUGCAAGUUUAAAGGAGAUUACAGUACCAAGAAGCAAAUCCUUGGCAAUGGCUACAGCAAAGCUGGAAGCCUACAGCCGCACGCCUCCCUGCCUCAGAGUCUGACCUUCUCUGAAGAUUCAGAUGAAGAGAAGAAGCUCGGCCUUUACAGAGGCUCCAGUAUUUUAGGAGAAAUCGCACACGAGUUCCACAACUACCCUGAUAGCAGAAUGAAGACUUUUCACACGGGAUUGAAUCAAGACAGUGUGACAUGCGGAUGCAAUGAGCAGACUUAUACAUAUGAGUAUGGAUCUGAAAUGGAGGUUUCAGUGGACAUGGUUCCUCAGAUGGAUGGUUCGGUCAUCUCCAAAGAAGAGUGGUAUGUGUAGAAUUUGAAAACUUUGAGAUUCACUGCAGGGUCCUUGUCAUUUAUCUUCGUCUUAGCCCUCUUUCUUGUCAUCUCCUUCCUUUUGAAGCAGAUGUGGGAUCAUGUGAAAUUGACUUUGGGUAAGAUUUAUGCACAUGAAAAUCAAAACAGUAUGUUUAGGGACCGGAUAUUGUUUGGCCAUGUCAUUGAGUUUGCAUGAAGGGAUUCUGUCCCUUUGAGAUGGAUGGGAAGUUUUAAAGAGAGAGCAUGUCUUGAUGCACCUUUGUAUUAAAAAAGCAGGUUCAUCUCUGUAUUCUGUUAUAAUAAAGGACCUUUAAAACUGUACUAUAACCUCCAAACUGUGAAAGUCUUGUGGACACUAUUUUGUGCAUGAUUCAUGAAAAUAUUGCCUUUAUUUGUUGUUUUGUGUUGUUGGUGUUCUUGAAACAUAGUAGUGACUUGCUGCUUUAAUUUUGUAUCUUAUACAUCUGAUUUUCAAUGAAUUGUAUUUCACGACAAUGAAUAGUCAAAUACUAUAACUAUGCGCUUAUGAUGAUAUGUAAGUUACCAACAAAUGUAUUUGAACAUUAAUACCACUGAUUCUCAGUGAUUUACUGAAUGCAUCAGUAGCUGCAAUCUAAAAUAUGAUUGCUUGCAUAGUUUGAUGUUAUUUUAAGUUAUUUAAGAUAACAUUAAAUACAGUACAUUACACUGUAUAAAUGCUUUAAAAUGCUUGGUGUAAAAUUAUGUUACUCAUGAUGUGCUGUAAAUUAUUUAGAACGUAUAGUUGACAAAUAAAUGUGUCCUAUGGUGUGACAGCAAACUUUAGAAUAAUAAACUAGCAUAAGAGAGAUUUAUCUUCAUUAUUGUUUUAUAUUAUAAAAACAGAUAUUGAUAAUAUAAAUGAAUAUGUUAUUAACAGUUUCUUUUUCUAAAUUGUUGCUAUUUCACACCAUAGGACACAUGUAUGGUAUAUCAAUGUAGUUGAAAGGGCUUGUGUUUAUUGGGUAUUUAGAGGUGUCACAAUAUACUGCCGUUUACAAUAACUAUGACAUUAGUAUUUAUCAAUAUCAUGUUAAUACUAAAUGUGUUAAUCUGGUGCCAGUUUCUGGUUGUCAAGGAUAUUAUCGUUUCAAAACAUUAAUGUUUAUUGAAAUAAAAAUUGAGAUAAAAAUGAACAUGAAGUCAGAGCUGAAUGGGCAGUGCUCCGCCAUGUGGUGCGGCUACGCAUCGGGCGACCCGAGUUCGAUUCCCGUCUCGUGGUCCUUUCCCGAACCCAACCCCUUCUCUCUCCCACUUUGCUUCCUGUCCUCUCUAUCACUAAGCUGUACAAUUAAAGGCAAUAUUUUUUGUGUGAUUUUUAUCGGCCAAAAGAAAACACACAAAAUAAACAAGAAUCAAUGAAUUUGACUGACUUUGACUGAUCGUUUUUAUUCUUUUAGCCACCAUAAUCAUGUUUUAUGACUCUUAUAUUGUGACAGCCCUUAUAAGAGAUGUUUUUACAAUAACAAUGGAAAUUGUGCCCUUAACUGUUGGUGCGAUAUAGUUUGUGCAGCACAUCAUCUUGUUAUUAUUGGUCAAUUUAUUUUUAAUCUUGAUGUGUUUGUGUAAUUGUAUUAUCCUGCCAAGACAAAUAUACUAAUAUACAGUGUUUUGUUUGUGCUGUUACUUUUUAAAUUGUAUUUAUUCUGAAAGCACUUUUGUAAACAAGUCUCGUAAAGCCUCAGCUGACAACAAUAAAAACAUAUAAUUCCCA